UGUUGGAUAGAAAAUCAUUCUGACUGUGUUUCUUCCUCCAGGUUGGACCAUGGUAGAGAGCUCAGGUCAAGACUUUAUCUGAAGAAGUAUUUCUGUGAACUCACACUGGACACAAACACUUUAAACAGAAACCUCAAACUGUCUUUCAACAACAGGAAGGUGACACAUGUGGGAGAGUAUCAGUCAUAUCCUGAUCAUCCAGACAGAUUUGAGUGCUACUAUCAGCUGCUGUGUAGAAAUGGUCUGACUGGUCGCUGUUACUGGGAGGUCGAGUGGAGAGGAGACGUUCGUAUAUCAGUGACUUACAGAGGAAUCAGAAGGAAAGGAAACAGUGUUGACUGUGUGUUUGGAUGGAACGAUCAGUCCUGGAGUCUGAACUGCUCUGAUGAUGGUUACUCUGUCUGGCACAAUAAGAAAAAAACAUCCAUCCCCUCUUCCUCCUCCUCUUCCUCCUCCUCCUCCUCCUCCUCCUCUGUCUCUAACAGAGUAGCAGUGUAUGUGGACUGUCCUGCUGGCACUCUGUCCUUCUACAGAGACUCCUCUGACACACUGAUCCACCUCCACACCUUCAACAUCACAUUCACUCAGCCUCUGUGUGCUGGGUUUGGGUUUGGGUUAUUUGGUUCCUCAGUGUCUGAGAAGACCGUCACCAGGAUCGACCAGGAUGAGUGUCUGGAGAGGCUGAUUCUGGAUCUGGACAGGAAGCACUACAGCUACAGCACCCCGCCAAAAUACUACAGAGUCAGUCUGCAAAAACAAAAACAGUUCAGCAUCCCACUGAAACAUUCUGCAGGCCCAGAAAGACCAGAGAUUACACUUCCAGGUUAA